GAGAAAAAGAAAACCAAAAGCGAGAGCUGCUCUAUCUUCUUCCCCAAAUCUUCCGGUUCGGUUCAGUCUCUACCGCUUUCUGAUCCAAUUCGAGAUUACAGUAGCUUCAAAUUAAGCUAUUUGAACAAUUUUUACACCAUUUUUUUAAUUAUAUUUUUCAAAAUAGUAUGAUUGCAUUUCUAGUAAUGGAAAUCGCCGCCAAAUCACCGUCGGUGUGUAACCGUCUCCGAUGACGACUUGAGCUCCGAAACGGCAUCGUUUCGUUGUUACUAAUGGCGUGCAAAGUGCAAUUAUUUCUCACGAUUUUGAGCAUUUGUUUCGGAAAUUAAAUGUGGAUUUCGAGGCUGAUUGUGCAUGUUUGCGUUUGAAUUUAUUGGUGAUUAAUGGAGCAGAGCGAAACGGUCUCCCAAAUCGCACCGAAGAAAUUGGCGAGGCAAUUGGAUUUCACGACGGUGUGUCUAGCGUCGGCAAACGCAGCGUUGCCGGAGGUGCAGCUACAGCUACAGCUGCAGGCACCGUCGCAGGCGCAGCUGUCACAAAACUCACCGGCAACAUCGCACGUGCAUUUGCAGCUACAGUCGCCACCGCCGCCGGCGGUAGCGCAGUCACCGAAACAGCUAACGCCGCCACCGGCGAUUCCACAGUUUCUGGCUCGGCCGAGUCCCUCGCCGGCGGCGAACUCUCGGAUUCAGCACCCGGUGCACAAGCUUUCGAUCUCGACAUCGCAAGCGAGUAAACAAGAGUCUCCUAUAUCACGGCAACGUGGCGAUGGAAAAGAUGGCACUCCUAAGAAGCAGAAGCAAUGUAAUUGUAAAAACUCUCGGUGCCUGAAGUUGUACUGUGAGUGCUUUGCAGCUGGAAUUUAUUGUGAAGGCUGCAACUGCUCGAAUUGUCACAAUAAUGUGGACAAUGAAGCUGCUAGGCAGGAGGCAGUUGGAUUAAUUUUAGAACGUAAUCCAAAUGCUUUCAGACCAAAGAUUGCUAGCAGCCCACAAGAAUCUCGUGAUGGUAGGGAAGAUGCUGGUGAAAUUCAAGCACCUGGAAAGCACAAUAAAGGAUGUCAUUGCAGGAAAUCAGGGUGCCUCAAGAAAUAUUGUGAGUGCUUCCAAGCCAAUAUUCUAUGCUCUGAAAAUUGUAAAUGCAUGGGCUGCAAGAACUUUGAAGGAAGUGAAGAAAGAAGAGCUCUCCAUCAUGAAGACCACAAUACUGUGGCCUACAUGCAGCAGGCUAAUGCAGCCAUCAGUGGGGCCAUUGGAUCCUCUGGUUAUGGGACCCCUCUGGUGUCCAGAAAAAGAAAGAGCUACGAACUCUAUUUUGGCACUACAAAUCAAACAACUCAUCCGAUUAAACAACCUCAACAGGAAAAUCAUCUAAGACCUCCUUUGGCCUCUUCUUCUCUGUCAUCUGUUCCAAAUUGUCGCACUGCUAAUGCAGCAGUAUCAAGAUCUUCAAAAUCCACAUACAGAUCUCCAUUGGCGGAUAUUAUCCAAUCAAAGAACAUAAAGGAUUUGUGCUCACAUCUGGUUGUAGUUUCAGGAGCUGCUGCAGAGGCACUUGCAGGAAAUAGGCGCAGAGAGACAAUUGAUGAGUCUAGUACCAAUUUAUUCACUCAAGAGGGGAAAGAAUGUAAAAAGGAACAUGAUAUUCAAAAUUCCGUGCAUGAUGACCAUUUAGGAGUGAAAGAAGCAGAUAGAGAUGAGAGCAGCUAUUCUGGAUUAAAUGGAGGUGAUGUGCAAAAUAGCAGGCCAAUGUCCCCUGGAACACUUGCCCUGAUGUGUGAUGAACAAGAUAAGAUGUUUAUGGCAGCUGGAUUGCCAAAUGGUGUGGGAAGCAGUAGUCCAAGCAUGACUCAGAACUCAACUCAGGAAAUAGGAUGCACAGAGGUUUAUGCGGAACAGGAAAGGCUUGUACUGACCGGGUUCAGGGAUUUCCUUAACCAUCUUAUUACUCGAGGGAGCAUAAAAGAAACAAUGUGUUCUCCCCAAGCCAAAAGAGAGAGGGUAAGCCAAAGAGAAUCUGUUCAGGGUGGAACUGCAAAACCUAGCCCUGAACCCAGGUGCCAGAAAGAGGCAUACAGCAACGGCAUUGCAAAAUCUCCUGUUUCAGCAAACGGUAAAAUGCUUCAGCUGGUAACGACUCUUCAUCCGGUAGCAACGGUCACUUCUGGUGACAAUGAUCUGUCUCUAAAGGUCGGAUUGCCCAUUGAAAAAUAGUACCGGGAAAUAAAAUCAAAUAUUGAGAGAGUUGUAACUUAGGAUAGAAGUAGUUAAAAGCUUACCACCGUGCCUCUUUUGAGGCAUCUUGGUAUGAUUUCCUGCCACAUCAGUUGAUCUUAGGUCUUCUUGCACUAAGAAACAUCAUUGAGAGAAACUAAUAAGAGCUAGACCCUUUUUCUCCUAGCAUAA